AUGCGCACUACCAGUGACGUCAUGGCGCAGAUGCGGGGGGGUUCGGCGGGGGGAGGCGGCGGGGGAGGGGGGGGGGGAGGCGGAGGGGGCGGGGGAGUGGGGGCCAGGCGCGGGUUUGGAGGGGAGACGGAUUGUUCUGCGUGCAAGCUGAUUGCUCUGUAUGGCGCUACUGGGCAGGAGAUUCAUCGGUCUGCCAAGCCUGGGUCACUGGGGGGCAUGUUGGAUAUGAGCAGUGCUCGCACGCUCCUCAUGGUGGCGGCACAGGAGGUGCUGGAGGCUCAGAGGAGACUUAUUCCCCUCGCUUCAUGCCGCUGCCCUCCCUCCUUCCCCCUCAGGCGCGUCUGGUGCUGGCAACGCCAAGCCGGGCUCAUUAGAGGGCAUGUUGGAGAUGAGCAGUGCUCGCACGCGUCUCAUGGUGGCGGCACAGGAGGUGCUGGAGGCUCAAACGAGGCUUGUCCCCUCUAUCUCUCUCCACUUCCCUCCUUCCUCCCCUCCCUCCCUCUGUCCCAGGAGCAUCUGGUGCAGCGAGUGCUAAGCCCGGAUCGCGCGUCUGGUGCUGGCAACGCCAAGCCGGGCUCAUUAGAGGGCAUGUUGGAGAUGAGCAGUGCUCGCACGCGUCUCAUGGUGGCGGCACAGGAGGUGCUAGAGGCUCAGACGCGCCUGGGCAUGCACAGCGUGAAGGGCAUGGGCCUUGGCGGGCUGAUGCGAACCAGCAGCAAUGCCGGCAGCGGUGGCAGCAGUGUUGGCGGUGGGGUUGGAUUGGGGCUGGUUCGGACAAGCAGCAGUGCGGCAAAGGAAGCAGGCUCUACUGGUGGAGGCGGGUUUGGGGGAGGUGGAUUUGGUUUGCCUGCGAGCAAGUCUACGAGUGGGGGAGGGGGCUUUUCUCGAUCCAGCAGUACUGCUUCCCCUUUGGGAGGAGGCAGUGGUGGUGGCAGCAGCAGUAGUGGUGGAAAAGGGUUGAGUGGUUUGGGGAGCGGUAUAGGAGGGUCCGGGCUGAGGAGGACGAGCAGCAAUGCGGGGUCUAUGAGUGGGAAAGGGGUGGGGGGUGGUGGUGCUGGAGGGGGGUCCGGGGGUACUGUUGUGGGGAAGUUGAAACGGUGGAUCUCUGGCGUCGAGCAUGGUGACUUGAAAUGA